AUCCUUCGGGCACAGACAGGUACGAUCUCCGUGAAUCCAGCGAUCCAUCUAUCUUUCACUCGCCCAGGUGCGCUGCAUCAUGCUAAUCUGACAUGUUGAAUGUUCCUCGGGCACGUAGCCGCCCUGCGUUACAACCUGAGCCAAGAUGAGAAACACAACACUAACCACAACAACCAACCAAAACAUGAAUUCGACUUUAUCGACGGGGCAGUGCUAUGGCCCCCAGCACGGGGCAUCUGCGACGUCUUCGGAGAACAGGUGGAUUGCUAUUCCUACUUCGACGAGUCAGCGGCGAGUAUUCUGCGGGCGGUGGAGGAUCUAGCAGUGUACGCACGUACCAACGGGCCGUUUGAUGGGGUGAUCGGCUUUUCUCAGGGGGCGGUCCUUGCGGCCACUCUUCUGAUAGCCCUAGCCACGGCCAACGACACCACCCCAAACCAAAGCAACCUCCCACUGGCUUUACGCCCCCUGCUCGCCAAGUCUCCGUUUCGAUUUGCCGUCUUCCUCUGCGGUGGGGAUCCCUUUGACCUGGCCGCUCUGCAGCGAGGGGAGGUUCGCCUGGUCCGGGAGCUCCCUCCCGGUCACCACGCCUGGAUCCGUCUGCCCACGGUCAAUUGUUGGGCGUCCAACGACGAAGACUAUCCCGGCAUGGGGCCGUCCUUGUCGGCGCUAUGCGACAACGGGGUCAACGAGCAAGUGGUCCAUACGGUUGGCCAUGGAGUGCCCACCGAGGGCGAGGAGCUUCAUCAAUUGGUGACUGCGGUCCGGGCCACGAUGGAGCGUGCACAGAACAGCGAACUGGUGCCGGCUUAGCACAUUCUCUCUGUACCUUGUACAGUACCUCACUUCUGUAAUUCUUUCCUGCUUUUCCUGAGGAAAUUGGUGGAUCGCCAAUUUCAGGGCUCUUGUUAUCAAAUUGAGGGCCCACUUCUUAGUGCUUAUGCCGUGUCCGUUAGUGCAGUUCCUAGGAG